AUGGCUGAUUUGAUAAGUAGUCUCCCAGACGAAAUCAUUUGUAUUAUUCUUUCAUUUCUCCCAUCCCGACAAGUUGUUGCAACCAGUGUUCUCUCCAAGCGCUGGAAUCUUCUGUGGCAUUCAGUUCCCUCUCUGGAUUUCGACACCGAUAACGAAGAUUUUUGGUCUCUCAGCGAAAAGACUUACAAUAUGUUUUAUAGCUCGGUGUGCUCUUUGUUGGUUCGUCGCGGAGACCAGCCCCUACAUAGAUUUCGCCUCAGGUCUAACUUUUCUUGUGAUGAUUCUGAACGAUUCAACAAGUUGAUUAAGGAUGCAGUGACUGGGAGUGAUAGGCUUCAGCACCUUGACCUCUUUACCGUUUACGAUACUCUCGUUCCCUCGGUAGUGUUUAGCUUCAAAACUCUUGUGGUUCUCAAGUUGCAGGACAUAACAUUGGAAGAAAUUUUCUUUGUUGAUUUGCCCUUGCUUAAGAUAUUGCAUUUAAAUCAGAUUACUUCCCCAAUAGAAAUUGAUCUUUCACAACUUCUUUCUGGGUGUCCUAAUCUUGAGGACUUAAAAGUCAAGGGUUUCACUUAUAAAACUGAAGGGAAGUUUAACAGAUUGCCCAAGUUGGUUAGAGGGAGCAUCGAUAAUCUCUUACUUCCAUUGGAAAUAUUUAAGGAUGUUGAAGUUUUGUUCUUGGAAUGGAUAUUUCAACCAAACCUGGACUUGGAUUUUGACUUUCACUAUUUAGUUCAACUUCAAUUGAACUUGGGGCUGAGCGAAGAUUGGCUUCUGGUCUUGAAAGUGCUCAAUCAUUGUCCCAAGCUUCAAAGUCUUGUCAUUGACAUUUAUAAGGUUUAAUGAUUAAGUUUUUCAAAUGUGGCAGGCGAUGAAGAUGUUUGGCCAUACCCACAAACUGUUCCUGCAUGCAUUUCAUCACACCUUAAAACAUGUUGUCUUAAAUUUUACAGUGGUUCUAAAGAUGAGCUUCAAUUUGCAAGAUAUAUAUUGGAGAAUGCAAAACAUCUACAAACCAUGAAAAUCUCCACUAUCUGGGGAAAAAAUAAUACGAAAG